AUGGCCACUCCAAGCCCUGCCCCUUCAAGGGUCGCCGUCAACGCCCUCCGUGGUGUUCUCCUAACAACGUCCUGUUCAGUCAUUAUCCUUGCUGAGGAACGACGUCGACGACUCAACAUCGCUCGAGCUGCUCUAGACAAUGCCAAGAAACUUCACACUGCGCGGGUGAACCGCAACUCCGCAGCGCUGGCCGAGAGCUACAGCAGUAGACGAGAAACCUUUCCAAUCGAAAUAGCCCACGAUUUCCCGCAUGCACCCACCAACAAUGCUGUACGCCGUCAAAGAACAAGAAUUGACUCGUUGGAGCAUGAAUUGUCGCGCGUGAAGGAGAUUGAGCAUAUAGAGUCUUUUGAGACAACAUUGCCUGAGGAUGGGGGCUCAACAAGCACGCCUCAGAACCGCCAGAGGAGAUGGGACGAGUGGGACGCAGCACGAAAGGAAUUAUCACGAAUAUCAGAAAACAGCACGUUCUCUCACAACGCCCUUUCCAUUAGGUUAUCUCCAGAGAUCAGGCUCCCAACUACAUCGUCACCGAGGACACGAUCAGCCAAUUCCAGGACAAUCAAGGCCAGAAAGGACGCUAGCACAGGUUCAACAAAAAUAUCCACGACGGACAACACCUCAACGGCAAGUGAUGGAAAAUUUGGCGCAGUAAAGUCAGAGUCAGUCGAUGAAGCCUUGAUAGAACAACAAGAAUCGUGGUCAAGGUUGGAUAAUCUCCUUAUGGAAAUGGAGACACAAGAUCUGCCAUGCGAUGAGCGUGUCCAGAAUGAAACGAGAGCUACAAAAAUGCUCAAAAGGCUGGCCUCAGCACAGAGUGAAGAUGCACAGGAGGUUUUAUCAAAAGGCAUCCGGAUACUUCAGUCCACAGCAUUGUCUCGGGAAUACGGAACCAUCCCUCUCAUACUCGAAGCUGUCCGUCCCGUUUGCAAGGAUAUUUGCCUUUUGGCCGUGCCCUUCCUCGACAGUCUUUCCCGGAGCCGCGACAUUGAGGGCGUGAGGCACCUGCUGCGAAGUUUAUCUCGCUUUGAGCCUCAGUCGAAGGAAGCAGUGAAUACCAAUCGCAAUGAAUGGGUCACUCGGCUACUUAUGCAUUACUGGAGGAAGACGAAGGACUUCCUGGAGGUCAAAAUGAUUUAUACAUUACUCCAGAAAGGCGGUCUUUUUGACAAUAGUGUAUUCUCUUCGUCUACUCAGUAUGCUGUCAGACGCAGAAUUACCCUCAUUGCUCUUGAUGCUGGUGAUGACGCGACUGCAAAUGCAGAGAUGUCGCAGCUCCGCGAGAUGAGACCGAAGGCCUCGGGCGUCGAUGUCAAGCUUCGUGGCAGAUUUAUUGUACGCGAAGCUGAAUUGGGACAAUGGGACAAGGUCAUGGCUGGACUCGAGGCUUUCGGACCCAAAGCAAAGCAAUCCGAACAGUUUCAGAAUAUUUUAUCCUGGCUGACAAAGAUCUAUUGCAAGGAUCACACAACCGCGGAGAUGGACAUUUUUGUGAGAGAUCUUGUCAGCAACCACCACAUGAGUUUGAACAAGCCCCUGGCUUUCUUUGUUAUGGAUAGGCACGGCCGAACCCGCAAUCUUCAAGCUCUCGUUGCGUGGGUGCAGUUCUGCCAAGAUGGUGGAUUGGCGAUGGACCAGAUCUUCUUCAACGAGAUUGCCGACAAGUGCUGCAGAUACUGGAACCUAUCGAGAGCUGACGUGAUCCGUAUGCUGAAAGAUGCACGAACUUCUGCGCCAUGGCUGAAGGACCCUCUGUUGACCAGCUACGCCAGUGAAGGCGGCCUGCAUGACCUUCACAAGCCUUUGCCAGGAGAGAAGACAGACAGCUAUGGAGUUGCCCCAACUCUGCCAGAACGCCGAGGUGACUCAAUAUCUAUCUAUGAGCGAGCAGCUUUCAAACAUAUGAAUACUCUGGCGCUUGAGAACGACUGGACCGGUGUUUACAGCGCCUACAAGGAGGCAACCAAGAAGGGCCUUGGUGAUUCAUCACGAUGCCUUCGACUUGCUGUUGUUGCCAACAUUCACUUGGAAGGACCCCAUUCUGGCACAGUAACGUGUCUCAUCAAUGAGGCAUACAUCAGGAAUCACGACAUCAGCGGUGCUUUGGUUCCUAUGCUAGUCGCUCGACUUGAGGCUGGCGACAACGUAAAUGAUUUACUCCGCGAGAAUCUCGCCAAGGGUCAACACAUCCAUGACAGUGUAUACAACAAAGCGGCUCGUGUCCUCACUCAAAAAGGUAACCCUGAAGCAGCGAUCAAGGUCUGCGAAAUGGCAGCACAACAGAAUGGUAUGGGCGAGCUGGCAUACAACAAGUUCAACUUUGCCAGUCUCAUCCACUCCUAUACUGGACAAGGGCGUUACAGAGACCUGAUGUCACUUAUUGGAAGCUUCAUAUCCAAGUCAGAAUGGUGGCAGGGUAGCAAAGAGUGCAAGGAAUCAGUCAAAUUGGCUAUGAAGCAUGUGGCAUCAAGGGCAGCCACGGACCACAGGCGUGAGAACACGCAUAAGCAAGUACUAUUGCGUCUUGACGAUGCUCUUGAACAUAUCAAGUCUCUGAGGGCGACGAACAAACAAGAGCGGGAGGCUGUCACCAAGGAGGUUGUUGGAGCUUUCAAGACGGCGGAAGAGCCAGUGGCGUUUGAGGGAGGCUUUUUCCCGGACACACAAUCCGGGCGCCAGACGCCAAAGGAUAAGCGGAAUACAGAGUGGGAGCUGUCUUCAAGACGAGAUUCAACACCCCAAGCAUUGAGCGAGACGAGGCACAGGAUCGUUGAGGAUGAAGUGCCUACUCGACAGCACAAAAUAGAUAAGAUGCGAACAGCAAGACACGAGCGGACGAAACGAGAGAGGACGCCCUCGCCUGAGCUUACUGAGGAUGACAUAUAUUUAGAGAAGGAAAUAGCCAGAGCAAUGGCGGCUUGA